AUGGCUACAGCCCAGAUGUUGUCUGACAUUCCCAAGCCGUCUUUCGCAAAGGUCGCUGCAUCGGCAUCAAAAGUUACCCAACCUGUCACUACCGUGAGACCUGUUGCUGCGCCAGCUCAAGACCGUCCAAAUCAAGCUUCUACUGCCGGCGGUCCCUCUAUACCCGCGUCCGUCACUACAGACGGAGUUGACACCCGCCCAUCCGCGAUCAUGAACACCACGAAAUCUGCACCGACUGCCGCUAAGCGCGAGCCUACCCUACCAAAGAAGCCCGAUGCGACCGACGCCGUGUUGGAUGGAUUGAAGGAUUUGAACAUUGGACAACCGACACCGAGCCUGGUCGUGAAUGGAACAGGCUCUUCCUUUGCUGAACGAUCAAAAUCCAUAACCAAGGAUGGGUCAGACGAUUCCCAGAGAGCUGACUCCAGCUCGGAGCUCGGUACCAAGCCUCCCAGCCUGGACGGAAAGAGUAUCACAUCGGGAACGACCUUUGCGCUCGACGAGAAGGAAUCAUUGCGGCCGGAUGACAGCGCCAGCGUGAAAGCCGCCGCUGCUGAGGAUGACGAUUCCUUCUCAUUCCGAGGGCCGAAUCUACCAAACUCUAGAAUGGGUUCUGAUAUUGCGGCGCGUGCGAGGGGCAUCAUCCAGCUUGGCGACAUGCCAGACCGCCGCCUCGCCCAACCCAUCUCCGGAUCCUUAAGCCAAGGCAUGAUCACACCGCAGAGUGCUUCGUCAGAUCAACCACAGAUGCCCAUUCCUAACGCAUUGUCCGCUAAUCUCCCCGAUUCCGCCAAUCUCUUGAAUACCAUUUACGGACAGGCACCUGAUGAGAAGCUCUUGGAGGCCAUGGCUUCCCCAAAGGAUCGGCUGUUUCUGUUGCGGCUGGAGGCCGAAUUGAUCAAAUUUGUUCAGAAUUCCAAAGACCCAUACAUGGACUUUCCACCUUCGAAUUCCUUUUGUAGGAUGCUCACACACAAGCUGGCCGAUUAUUAUCGGAUGACGCAUCAAUAUGAAGCUCGUGUGGGAUCUGUCCGAAUCUUCAGAACCCCCUACGCCAGAGUACCUGAAUCGCUCGCUAGUAUAGCUGCUCCGGAAACCAAUGCCGAGACGACCCCUCCUCCGCCUGCAGUCUUGCCACGGAAGAUCAUGCGACGUGGGGAGGAUGGGGAAUUCGGGAGCAAUAGCGCUUCUCCAUCUAAGCCCACGUCGGAGACCGGCAGCGACUCUAAGGAUAAGUCUGCCGCGGCAAAUCAGAAGUUGUCGAGAGAACAGCGCGAAGAGGCAUACAAGCAGGCUCGAGAGAGGAUAUUCGGCAACUCUGAGAAGACUGGCGAGUCCACACCUGAUAAUGAGAUUGAAAAUGGUGUUUCACGUGCCAGCUCCGUAUCUGCGAGGGACAAGCCUGGUACCAGCAAACGGGGUAAGACAGGGAAACAGAGACGGGAUGAUUCAGACAGCUUCGACUCCAGGCACAACUACACUCCUUACUGGGGCCCGCAGCAGCAGACUUGGAUGCCGCAACCCCAGUACGUCCCUGUGUCCAAUCAGUAUGGUGCGCCAGUCCAGCAGCCGUAUCCCAAUCAGAUACCCGCAGCCCCUUACAACACUACCCCGACGCAAACAUUUGCUCCUAUGAUGCCCAACACCGGCUACAACGCGGCUUAUCCUAACAUGACACCGUACCCGCCUCCGGCAAACCAGGCCCAGUUUCAACCACCUCCGAAUGCAAGGAGCUACGUUGGUCCAGGCCCUACUCCUCCACAACAAGGUUGGCAACCAGGGUUCGGACCGGCACCGAUGCCGAUGACUCCGCCUUCCGCGGCCAACGCAACCGCUUACACGCCUCGGGGCAUGUCGGCGCCGCCCAGUCAAAGCACGGUUCCGUACAUGUAUGGGCAGUUACCGACCAAUAUAAAUCCCAACGACCCCAAGAGCCAGCAUCCCAUUCCCGGCAGUUACAAUCGCCACGCCUUCAAUCCCAAGACGCAGUCAUUCGUUCCUGGAGGUGGCAUGUCUCCAAUGCAGCCACCACAGCCGCCUUUCAGUGCGCCUGGAUCUCACCAUGGUAGCCCCCAGAUCGGCUCACCUCACUUGGCAUACGCCGGCUACCAACAGCAAGGACCACCAGCACCUUACGGUUAUGCCAUGGCGAGGCAAGGAUCGAACAACUCGAUUCCUUCAUACCACCCGCCACCGCCUCAGCACCCCCAUCACCUGAAUCCUAUGCCUCAAGCACCGGUUCACCACAUCCCCCAACCCCCCCCUCAACAUAUUUCCCAAAACCCUUCCCCCCUUAUUCCCAAUAAACCCGCCAUUCCUCAGGGUCCGGCCGGACAGACGUUCAGCCACCUGCCACACUACGGCAACCCUGCUACUUUGCCGCAAAAGCCAAACAUGGGUAUUUAG